AUCUCAAGAAAUCAAUGUUAAUCCCAGGCUAUAUAUGGGGAGGAAGCUAGUGCAUAGUGCCGUGUGGAGAGUAGACCGAACUAAUAUUGCAACCAACAAUGAAAAUGGAACUCAUUCCUAUUCCUUAUGCCCCACUCAUCCUCUUCUACCCAUAAAUAACUCUUCUUCUUUUUCUAUUACUACUACCACUAUUGUUGACAUUCCAAGCAGAGUAAACCUGCUGAAGAGAUCUCUGUCGAACAUCUUACCUGACUUCUACCCACUGGCCGGAGUAAUCAAAGAUGAUUGUUACAUCGACUGCAAUGAUGAAGGAGCUCGUUUUAUCCAAGCUCGAGUCAAUUGUCACUUCAAAGAUUUUCUCACCCAACCUGACCUUCUUUCACUCAAUGAUUUCCUUCCUUGCGGAUUCACUGGGAAGGAACCCCUUGCAGGAACUCAUGUAAGUUAUUUUCAAGUGAACAUCUUUGAAUGUGGAGGCAUGGCUAUUGGGAUAUGCAUUUCGCAUAAGAUCCUUGAUGGUGCUGCUCUUAGCACCUUCCUCAAGGCGUGGAGUGCUACCUCUCGUGGCUGCAGUGGAGAAGCUGUGCAUCCCAACUUCUUUGCUUAUACGUCUGAUCUCUUCAUCCCAGCAACCAAUGUAGAUUCUUCACCCCUCCUGUCGAGUUCUUUAGUGAAGAAAGGGAAGUGUAUCACCAGGAGAUUUAUGUUUGAUUCUACGGCUAUCGCCACACUCAAGUCCCAAGCAAGUUGUUCGAGCGCAGAAGUCCCAACUCGGGUUGAGGUCGUUACCGCCUGCAUAUGGAAAUCCGCCAUGGCUGCUUCGAAGGCACGAGUCCGCUGGCAAAGGCCAUCUUUAUUGUGCCACUUGGUGAACCUACGUAGAAGAAUAUCGUCGCCGAUCCUGGCGGAGAAUUCCAUAGGAAAUCUCCUUUGGAUUGCAGCGGCAGAACACUACCCAAAUUCCAAAAUGGAUUUGCAUUACUUGGUGGGUAAGUUGAGGGAAGCAAUAUCGAAAAUCGACAGUGACUUUGUGAAAAAACUCGUGGGUGGAGAACGGAAACCUCUAAUUACUGAGUCUAUGAGGGAUUCCAGAGAUGGAUUCGAUUACUUUGGUUUUAGCAGUUGGUGCAGAUUCGAUUUCUAUGGAUCUGAUUUUGGGUGGGGGAAGCCAGUAUGGGUUAGCAGUAUUGGGUUAAAGGGAUCCGUGUUCACGAAUAUGAUCGUUUUAGCGGAUACAAUUACCGGUGACGGCGUGGAAGCAUGGGUGAGCUUGGAGGAAGAAGACAUGGCAAUCCUGCAACGUGAUCCUGAGCUUCUCAGUUUCGCUUUGUUGGACCCCAGCCCUCUGGUAAUGGACUCGAGAGUCAAUUGUUAGCACCACAAAUUCUUUGGAGCUUAUAACUUUUAAAACAUUUCUUUUUGGUGUCUUGGUUUUGUUUCAAUCCAUUUAGCAAGAGCAGAGAUGAUCAAAACAGCUAUAAAAGGUCAUGUUUGAG